AUGGCCAACAGAAAGCAAGCUACCAAGAGAAAGGAAUCACCAUCCUCAUCAGCAACCCCAUCCGAAAAGAAGAGAAAAACUUCCACUAACAAGCAAGACACAGCAAGCUUGGAGAAGUUUUUAAGAGUUACUUCCGAUGAUUGUCCUACCUGUGAUGAACUCAUCCAAGCAUUCAACAACAAGGAAUAUUUAGCAGGUGAAUUCAAGGAACAAUUAGAUGAGUGUAUUGAUGAAUAUCUUGAUUCUCCGGAUGAAGAAGACUCUGUUCAAGUUAAACUCGGAAUGACAGAAUUUUCCAGAAAGCAAUUUACUAUUGAUGCAGAUUUUGAUCAUGUCCAAAACAUGUAUGUGUUUGCAUACGACAAUGGUGAAAAUGGUAAGCGAAAGGGGAUUACUUCAAUGUCCAAAGUUACUGAUAAGAAGAAGACAAAUUGUUUCACUCAGUCUGCCAAAUUGAUUCAAGGUGCAAGAAGGGAUGGACAAUUGAAGAUUGUUUUGGCAGUGUGUAAAACAAAUUCAGAUGUGGAACUUUAUAUUUCAGAAGAGGAAUAUAAAGUCAGUUGGACAGAAAAGAAGCAAGAGUCUGAGAAACUUACAAACGCCUUUGAUCAACCAAUCAAUAAUGAAACCUCAUUACCAAUAGUUCAAACAGAUCCAAUCAAGUCUUUAGAAGACUCUGAAAGAAGAGUUCAAGAACUCGAAGAAAAACUCAAACAAUCCCAACAAUUUUCCCAGUUUUUGUUUGGUUGGAUGUGUUAUUAUAUGCAAUGGUAUCCAUCUCCACAACCACAAACAACCAAUGAUGAGUUCUUGCCAGAAAAUGAAUUAGGGUCCAAUAUUACAGAAUUCUCAAGUAGAUGGAUUUCAUCAGAAUGCGUUAAUGGGAUGGAUUUCUUUCGGCCAACUGUUCAAGAAAAGAAAGAUGAUGAUCCUUCUCAACUUGCAGACGAACAAAUGCCUGUCAUGCCUUUCGCGUAUGGUCAAACUCUUUAG